CAGAGUCUGACUCACGGGCAAGACGGAUUGGAGGGAGGGGAAGAGUGAGAGAGCGGACAAGACGGGAGAGAGUGCGGGCUGAUCACAGGCUGUGAACAAGAGGCAGUGAGUGGAAGAGAGGCAGAUGAGCCACAACAUCUGAAAGUUUUAAACCUGUGAUCGCGGUUGGUGAUGCGAAACAAGACUGGGGGUUCCUCCAACAUGUGGAAGCAAAACAAAUUCCACAUCAUGGACUGCUUCAGACAGACAGAUUUAGGUUUUACCGCUGGGGGAGGGCAUUCUCCGUCAUAUUCUUAUUUGGAGAGGAUGGAAAUAUAAAAAGGUAGGGGACUAUUAUUAAGAUAUUAAACUAAGGAGGUGUGCAAAAAUUGAAAUGCAUUGGGCGUUAAGCUGCGCUGUUCUGUGUUUAUGCAAGUUGAGACGUAGCGGCUUGGAAAAAAUACUCGAAUUGAAACGUCAACAAGGAAGUUAAAUGUACACCUUCAGGAGCAGAACCGUUUGUUCUUUUAAAUGGACGCAGUGGAUGACAAGAGUAUCAACUGCCUGGGAAAGUGAGGACUCCUGAGAAUCUCAUUGCGGAAGUACUAACCGUGUUGGGAUUAUUGCCAGCAUUGGAGUUUGUAGUGUGGACCUUUUUUUUUUUUUUUUUUUUUUUGUCCCCUCCAAGCAGUGGAUUCUCUACUGAUUUUGAGCUACUCUUGUUUGUACAGUGCACAAAGGAUGAAGCAUCCUGUGCAUUGACCCUGAGCUUUCCUGUCCUACCCUGUGUCCUUGCCUGUGGGACGCAGUGACCAUGCUAAGGCCUGCUGUAACCUCUGCAGCACCAUGUCUCAAGCUGUUGUGGCUCCACUCGAAGCUAACAACUCACAGUCAGGAGAAGCACCUGAGGCUCAGCUAAAAUGGGCUGCCCUGCUCAUUGUUAUGGUCAUCAUCCCCACUAUUGGAGGAAACAUCCUGGUCAUUCUUGCGGUGUCACUUGAAAGAAAGCUGCAGAACGCCACCAACUACUUUCUGAUGUCGCUUGCUGUGGCUGAUCUGUUGGUGGGACUCCUAGUAAUGCCCAUUGCCCUCAUCACGGUUCUCUACAACUCAGGCUGGCCUCUUCCGGACCCCCUCUGCCCCAUUUGGCUGUUCCUUGAUGUGCUGUUUUCUACUGCAUCCAUCAUGCACCUAUGCGCCAUUUCACUGGAUCGCUACAUUGCCAUAAAGAAGCCAAUCCAACACAGCCAGUACAAAUCCAGAGCCAAAGCGAUGGUGAAGAUUGCACUGGUGUGGCUCAUAUCCAUUUGUAUCGCAAUCCCUAUUCCAAUUAAGGGGCUUAAGAACUACCAUCUUCCCAACAACAUCACCUUCAACAGCAACCACACAUGCAUGCUGAAAACAGACACCUUCCGGGAGUUUAUCAUGUUUGGCUCCUUGGCGGCAUUCUUCAUCCCACUGACCAUCAUGAUGAUCAUCUACCUACUUACUGUGCGGGUGUUGCGCAAAAAGGUUUAUUUGCUCAGGUCAAAGGUGACUCAGCGCUUUAGCUACCCGACAGUCUCCACAGUUUUUCAAAGAGAACAGACUGCGACUCCACCUCAAACUGAUCAACUUAACAUGCUGGACAGCACACUUCCCAGGAUGCAAGAAAAACCAUAUGUAGGCACAACAAACUCUCCUACAGGAGAUGAAAUGUCCUUUCGGAGAAUGUCAACAAUGGGCAAGAAGUCAAUGCAGACUCUGAGCAAUGAGCAGCGCGCCUCAAAGGUGCUAGGCAUCGUCUUCCUCCUGUUCGUAGUCAUGUGGUGCCCUUUCUUCAUCACUAAUAUCACCUCUGUGCUUUGCACAAGCUGUGAUGUUCAUGUAAUCGCCCGCCUGAUGGAGAUUUUUGUUUGGGUGGGUUAUGUGUCAUCAGGCAUCAACCCGUUGGUCUACACCCUAUUCAACAAAACUUUCAGGCAAGCAUUUACGCGUUACAUGACCUGCAAUUACGAAACCUCUGCUAGUCAUGGGCCAGGAAGGCACCCAAGGGCAUCAAAUGCAGAUCGGACCCUUACACGGAUUUCAUUCAGAUCUUCCAUGGCAGAAAACUCUAAACUGUUCAUGAAGCGGGGAAUGAAGAAUGGCAUUGGAGCAGUUGGCUACCAAAGUCCACUGAGGUGCCAACAAGCACCUGUACAGUCAUCUGGUGGUGUUGUGUUAGACACAAUGCUUCUGACUGAAAAUGAAGCUGGUAAGCAGGCGGAACAUGUUAGCUGUGUAUAGAGAUACAUCAAAAUCAUGGUGCAAACUUUUUAAUCUCUUUAAAGAUAAGGGCUAGCCCCAAAACAAAUAUUCAAAAUGCAUAAUUCUGAAUCGGCUGUUACUCUCAAUUUGAUUACCAAAUAAUUUAACGCCAGUGCUAACUGUACACUACACAACAACAAAAUGUAACCUGUUGCUGUCCGGUUUGUCUACAUCAGUAAUGUUUUUUUAACAAAGGCAAAAUAAGGCAAUAUUUUCAAUUAUGAUCAUUUUGGAAACACAAAUUUAAUCCAUAAGUCAAACUCUUAUUAUAUCUGAAUAUAUAUUUCUCACUGGGUCUUUAAGACAGGCCAUAUUAAUAAUGUGAAGACAGUCCGUUCAUAGUGUACCAGAAGAGAGUUUGAGUUUUCAAACGUUAUAAAACCUUGUGAUGACCUGUAACAGGUCGACUAAAAAAACAAAA